UCGCUUAGUCUUCUCCGCCGUAGGCAAUGCUAGGGUUUCAGUCUAAUACGGCGCCGAUUGAUUGCUUUUACAGUUUCGAACGAUUCAUACUUCUUCUUCCUCCUGGUCCAGAAAUCAUUCGGUUACGGAUUCAUUGCUAUUAAAUUCUUUCUUAACUCCAUCGUCACGAUCUAUCUUCAAUGUCACAUCUGCUCUUCGAAGGCGGUGGAGGGUCGACUAUAAAAAGUCCGGUAGAUGUUCUUUCACGGCGGUUGAGGUUAGGUUAUUGUGUUUCUGGGAGGCGAGGAAUAUCAGGCGCGGUGAUGAACUGAUGUCUGCUCCUGCUUGAUUCAAAGGCGGCUCUUAUGCCAGCCACCGUUGCAGCUAGCCGGGUUCCAACCUUUGGUCCCCAUCUCAUGGCGGGGUCGAUGUAUUCUUAACCGGUUUUGAAGUGGCUCGGUGUAAUCCAAACUUCAGGCUAACGGACUCUUCUUUGUUGAUCCGGUUCAGUGAUGCAACCUCCUUAAAGGUGUUGACUGAACCGAGUUCUCCGCUGCCUGAAGAAUGUUUCCGAUUUCGUAGUCGGAGUGAAAUGCUUGCUCUAGCAAACACCAGCUCUCAACUCUCGGACAACAUUGGGGAGAUCACGGCGGUUAAGAGUUCCGUCAGUGACCCUCCGGGAGACAAAAAUCACUCGAAGGCGACGCACAGACUCAGCCUUCACAUGUUUGCACUGCGACAAUACAUAUGCGGUUGGUGCUCUCCUGUAUGUAACACACUGUAUUAUAUAGAUUAUGUUUCACCAUCACACGGAUACUUAACGGACUUUAUCAACUUCCCUGCAUCCGUUGAUAAUGGAGACAACGUGAAAAAGGGGGACGACAUACCAGUUGACAACACGGUUCCUGCUGAGGUUGAAACCGGGGGUAGCAGUCAGCAGGCAGCACCGGAUGCAACAGCAGUCCCAAAUGGUAAAGGACCACAGGAGCCUUCAGCCAAAGCAGCUCGCUUUAUGAUUUGGCAACAGAGUUACUUUAUCUCAAAAAAUGCUUUUGCAUCAAUGUUGGUUUUUUUUUAAAUUAAGGAUGUUGUGUCUGCUCCUGGUUUUUAACUUCCUGAACAAUCUUUAUUUUCUGAAAUUCCUAUAAAAUUUAUGUUUGGUGCAAAGGUUUGUAGA